AUGGCAGCCGUUCAGCAAACUUUCGGCACACCGUUGGCCAUGGCGGAUUCUUCCAUUAUUGGUGCCGCUAAUGCCACGGUUCGUGACAGUGGUAUUGUCGCCACUGCCGUGACCGAGUUUCAACAAUCUCCUAUUCGAUAUACAGUUUCAGCUCUUCUUGUCACAUUCCUCGUCUAUCUGUACAGACAGUCAAUUCCAGAGCUGGACGCCAAGGAGCCUCCAUUGAUGCUGCCUCGAAUUCCUUACAUUGGCCACCUUGUCGGCCUUAUUAAAAACCAAGCAGAGUACUACACGGAUUUGCACAAGAAGACUGGUGCUGCGAUUGCUACCUUGCCCAUGCUGGGUGGCAAGACCUAUGCCAUUUGGGACCCUGCUCUUGUUCAGUCUGCUCUUCGGCAGAAGACUCUUAGUUUCGAGCCAUUUGCUGUUGAUUUCUUACAAACCAUGCUGGGAAUGAAAGAAGAGUCCUACAAAGCCUUCCGAGAGAUUCCACAGCUUGUUAUCGACUUUUUUGACGCUUUGCAUGUAACAGUUCGUGGCGAGCCACUACAUCGCAUGAAUGCAAAUGCCCUCAACUACGUCUCAUCCAGACUGGAUGCUAUGAAGGGAACGAAGAAGAUUCCCGUCGAUAAUUUCUACUUGUGGUUGCGAGAGUUGAUGACUUCCGCCACCACAACGGCUCUUAUGGGCCGGAAGAACCCUCUGCUCAAGGAUCCAACGCUUGUUGACGAUUUGUGGACCUGGGAGAACGCCAUCCCUAACAUGCUCAUCACCCCAUACCACUCUGUCACCAAUGCGGCGGCUUUCCAGUCUCGUGAGAAACUGCAGAAGGAGUUGGGCAACUACUAUGCCACUCGGGGCGACCAGGAUGAGACUACGGCUGCUGUAACUCGCGAGAGGGCUGUGGUCCUUCGAAAGUACGGUCUUCCCGAUAGCGAAAUUGGCAGGUUCGAAGCUAGUUUGCUUCAACUGGCAACUGGAAAUACCAUUCCCACUACGUUUUGGAUGGUUGCCAAUGUCUUUACUCGCUUCGAUAUUGUCGAGCGUCUUCGCAGAGAGCUCGAUCCUCUUGUGCAGCGUAAGGAAGGAAGCAGCAUCGCCACCAUUAACAUUACCAAGUUUGAUGAAAUGUGCCCGCUGCUCGUCAGCUGCUACCGCGAGUCUAUCCGUCUGUCUAAUCAUGCGUUGUGCGUUCGACGAGUAAUGGAAGAGACCAUCAUUUCAAACGGAAGAGGAGAAACCUAUGUUUUAAAGAAGGGAUCAGACGUCCAAAUUCCCGCUGGAUACACCCACCGCACAGAAGACGUUUGGGGACCGAAUGCCUCGGAGUAUGAAGCGGAUCGUUUCGUCAACCGUCAGGCCAAACUCUCCGCCCAGGCUGAAAAGAAUAAGAGAUCUGCGUAUAUCCCCUUUGGUGGUGGAAAGCACCUCUGCCCUGGUCGCAAUUUUGCCUUUGCUGAAAUUCUGGGAACCGCUGCCGCUCUCGUCUUGGCUUUUGAUAUGUCGGCGGAUGGACAUGGCGCCCCAGUUCAGCUGGCUAAAAUGGCAAACACAACCAUCAUGGGUGGCGCAUCAAAACCCGAGAAGCAGGGAGAGGGAAUGAGUCUUGUUAUCCAGCGUCGGCCCGGGUGGGAGGACGUCACUUUUGAGUUUGAGGUUGUUGGCAACCAGAGUGAACAGUGA